CUUGUACUUGAGUAAAGUAGAAGUACUCAGGUCUUGUACUUGAGUAAAGUAGAAGUACCAGAGUGUAGGAAUACUCUGUCACAGUAAAGUAUUCUAAAUGUUCCUCCAGUGAAAGUAGAAAGUACUCUCCUCUAAAUGUACUUAAAGUAGCGACAGUAAAAGUAGUCAUUGUCUGAUUGGUCCAUUUCAGAAUAAUAUCUCUGAUAUGUUUUAUAAUGAUUGAUCAUUAAAGUGUUCUCAGAGCUGGUAAAGGUGCAGCUAGUUUGAAUGCUUUGUAUACUGCAGGGUAGCUGCUGGAUCUACUGCAGGGGAACUACAGUCUGAUUGAAGGGUUAUAUUUACCUUCAGUAAUCCAGAUCUGUUUUUUCAGAACUCUUUCCAGGAGUCUGGUUCUCUACUCUGGUAUCAUAGAAGAAACGUUGUGUUUUAAUUGUUAUGCAUUUCACUUUUAAAGCAUCAGAUCUCAAAAUCUUUCCACUGAGUCCCAGCAGAGACAAUGUUCUGUCUUUAAUACUCAGUACUGUUGUCACGAUACCGAGUCAGGAAUUGCGAUUUCGGUACUUUUCUUAAAACAGGGGAAACCGUCCUAAAUGUCAUUAUUGUGCUUUAUUUCAAACCUGGAGAAAAAAAUCAGUCAAACAAAGUAGCUAUAGAUGAAUACUUGAUUCCAAAGGUACAUUAACUUUUAAUAACACAGGAGAAACAAAGGGAGUGCUCUCUCUCCCCCUCUCCCUGUCUCCCUCUCCUGACAGCCAGUGGUAUCCGUCUCAUGCAGCUCAAUGAUCCAGCAGGGUUUCCCACAGCACUUUACAGCGGCCGCCUAAGCAACGCACGCCUGCACCUUAACUCAGCCUCUUCUCCGCAGAACGCAUUAAAAAAGUAAUGAUAAAAAGAACGUGCAGGCCUACCUCACCCUGCGCGCCUUCUCUCUCUCUCUCUCCCCCCGUCAGUCCGUCCGUCCGUCCCCCCGUCAGUCAGGCGGCAACGCUGUCUCGGGUGAUGGCGAGGCCGAGCCACAGCGACCACGUCCUCCAGCAGCUCAACAACCAGCGUGAGUGGGGCUUCCUGUGCGACUGCCUCAUUGCCAUCGGGGACAUCUACUUCAGGGCGCACAAGGCCGUCCUGGCCGCCUGCAGCUCUUACUUCAGGAUGAUGUUCAUCCGGGACCAGCAGGGGGCAGGUCGCCUGGACCUCAGCAACAUGCAGAUCAGUGCCGAGUGCUUCGACCUCAUCCUACAGCUCAUGUACCUGGGCCGCAUCGUCGUGGGCAGCUAUGAGUUCGAGGAGCUGAAGGCCUCCAUGGCGUACCUGCAGAUGUACUACAUCCCCGACUCGCUGGAGGACCUCAGAGACAUCAGGAGCUCCAACCCAACUCCAUCAUCCUCGGCCUCCUCAUCCAGUUCCUCCUCUGGUGCCACCGCCGGGAAAAUGAUGUUCGGAGUACGUAUGUACGAGCAGCGGCCGGCAGUACAGGAAGUGGAGACCUUUCCCAAAGCUAACAGCAGCGCCGCUGGGCGCCCAGCUGCUGCCAACAGGCCGGCGGAGGAAGUGGCUAACACACCUCUGAAGGUGGCGCCACCGCUGGUAGACGGAGCAGCCGAUCAGCCAUGUGACUUGAGGAAGAGGCCCGGCGGCAGGAGUGCGGCUCUCAAAGACCGACCUCGAUUCGGCCGCACUUACACCUGCGACGACUGCGGCUUCGUCUUCAGCUGCGAGAAACUUCUAAUCGAGCACAUCCUGACCUGCACCAACCGGAAGGCCUUCCAUCAGCCCAGAGGCAACAUGGAGGGGGAGGCUGAGAGCUCCGCCUCCGAGAGCACGGAUGAACACAGGGUCAUCUGUAAAGGCGAGGACGGCUGGCCUGAAGCAAAGGCCGAUUCCGCCCUCAGGUCAGUGGCGGCCGGCACAGACAGCGAACCCGGCUCCACCAGGGCUCUCUCUAUCAAGACAGAACCGGAGGACGGCGUGUUCCCUGAGAUAGAGGUGGUCCGGGUCGGUGAGCACACCACCACAAACUGUAUAGCACGGCUCAGUGACGCAACACGAAGCAACUUGCAGGGCGAGAAAGCAGCGUCCGACUGCGUCCGCGACCCACAGCCCGGAGUCUCAGGCGAGCCUUAUGAAGGCCACAUGUCGAGCAGUGAAGACUCAGGAGUCCCUGCCAAGCUCCGAAAGCUUAAAGACGAGAAGCAGGACAGCGAUGGGGCCCCCUGUGAACUCUGCGGCGCUCUGUUAACGGACGAGGACAAGUCCGCCCACUACCUGUCCAACCACAUGGGUCAUAUAUGCGCCUGCGGGAGGUGUGGUCAGGUGCUGAUCAAAGGCCGCCAGCUGCAGGAGCAUGCAGAGCGCUGCGGCGAGUCCCAGGGCGGCGACUCGGAGGAUGAGGCGUCACUGCCGGAGGAGCCGCAGGGGAUGGAGGAGGUUCUGCUGGAGGCAGCUGACCUGGCCUGCCCUCACUGCGGAAUGCUGUUCCAGAGCGAAGGCCUGGCGUUGGACCACGCCCUGUCCUGCCACGAGCAGGAGCUGUUCCGGCCAGUAUUGCUCGAGGAGGGCGGCGAACCCGAUCACCGCCGCAAACACUUCUGCAGCAUCUGCGGCAAGGGCUUUUACCAGCGCUGCCACCUGCGGGAGCACUACACCGUGCACACCAAGGAGAAGCAGUUCACCUGUCAGACCUGCGGGAAGCAGUUCCUGCGGGAGCGCCAGCUGCGCCUGCACACUGACAUGCACAAAGGCAUGGCGCGCUACGUGUGCCCCGUCUGCGACCAGGGCACCUUCCUCAAACACGACCACGUCCGACACAUGAUCUCCCACCUGUCAGCCGGGGAGACCAUCUGCCAGGUGUGCUUCCAGAUCUUCCCCGGCGGAGAGCAGCUAGAGAAGCACAUGGACGUUCACCUGUACAUCUGCGGCGUCUGCGGGGAGAAGUUCCGCCUCCGAAAGGACAUGCGCAGCCACUACAACUCCAAGCACACCAAGAGACUAUAGGACGCUGCAAGCUCCAUUCUCAAGAAGCCAUACAUGUGAGAACAAAUGAACGCACUCGAACACCAAAAAGAAACUGGAUCUGCACUUUGAGAGAAUAUGCAACCUGAGCAGCUGACGGCUUCCAGUCAGGACUUCCCUCAGGUCCCUGGUCCUGAUGAGAGACACUUUAGAAACUGCUGCAGGUCUCUCCACAGCUCAACCGCCUUACUGGACGUCUGUUCCGAUUAAUAUUUAAUACAGGACCUGCGAUUCUGUCCAAAAACCCAAAGAGUCUCAACCAUCCUCCCGCAGCUCGUCGACAUCUGAAGUGCGAUUUCCUCGUGGCGCCACCUGUUGGAGAAGUAAUAUGUAUGAACCAGGGGGUGGGGGAUGUAAACAUGGUUCACCUGGUGCUCUGCCAGCAUCCAGAUUAAACACCAUAUGAGUCUGUUUGCAGCUCAUGGAGUCCUAGUGAACCCGGACAGGUAGAGGACAUCAGAACAUCAUAUAUGGUGUUCUGAUUCCCUCUACCUGUCCGGGUUCUCCGUAUUGUGACAGGAUCCGGGUCCUGUACUCGCUCUGGGUGUUGGGUUUCUUACAGGUUUUGUAUUUAUACAAACAUUAACCACCUAACAGUGGUGCACUAACACGGUAUCAGUGUCACAUUCUCACAGUGAUGCAUGCUGGGGGAUUUCAGGCCUCAUGUCCUGUGUUCAGUUUGAAGCUCUCAAUAAACCAAGUCCCUUUCUGUUGGAGGAAA